UGCAUGGCGGGGAAUGCAGCCACUGUACUGAAGCAUCUUCUUCACAAAUCACCAACCCUACGCGCUACUAACAAAACCCUAACCAACACUAUCCUAACCCACCUCGAAGCCAACCGUCUUCGCGAAGCCGUUUCGGUCCUCUUCGCCUCUCCAGAUCCCGUCCCUUACUCUCUCUAUGCGCAACUCUUCAACCUUUGCUCUUCCCAGCACGCCAUUGUCGAGGCCCGGAAAGUGGAAUCUCACCUGGUUACGAUCUGUCCCACGCCACUCACGUUUCUCUUGAACCGAGCUAUAGAAUGUUAUGAAAAAUGCGGGUAUUUGAGUGACGCAUGGGAGUUGUUCGAUGAAAUGCCUGAGAGAGAUGGUGGGUCUUGGAAUGCAAUGCUUAGCGCGUAUACGCAAAAUGGGUUUGCGUAGAAAGCGUUGUUAUUGUUUGUAAGUAUGAAUAAGGCGGGGAUUUUAGCGAAUGAGAUUAGUUUUGCUAGCGUUUUGCGGUCUUGUGGUGGGGAAUUGGAGCUUGGUCUUGCGAGGCAAGUUCAUGGAGUGAUUGUGAAACGUGGGUUUUGUGGGAAUAUGAUUCUGGAAAGCUCGCUUGUGGAUGUGUAUGGGAAGUGUAUGAUUGUGAGUGACGCGAGGCGAAUAUUUGAUAGGAUAGAGAAUAAGAAUGCUGUUUCUUGGAAUGUGAUUGUUAGGAGGUAUCUUGAGGCAGGGGAUGAGAAUGAGGCUGUUUUCAUGUUUUUUAAAAUGUUUAGGGAAGAUAUUAGGCCCUUGAAUUUUACUUUUGUUAAUGCUCUAAUUGCUUGUUCGGUUUUGUCCAAGUUAAAGGAGGGAAUGCAGAUUCAUGCGGUUGUUAUUAAGAAUGAUUUCGAAGGGGAUGAGGUGGUUUUGGGUUCCCUUAUUAAUAUGUAUGUUAAGUGUGGGAAAUUAGAGGAUGCUCAUAGGAUAUUUUACCAACCGGGAAAGAGGGGUUUGAUUUCUUGGACUUCUAUUAUGUCGGGAUAUGCAACAAGUGGGAGAAUUAGAGAGGCAAGGUAGCUUUUUAAUGAGAUGCCUGAACGGAGUGUGGUCUCUUGGAAUGCAAUGCUGGCAGGGUAUACUCGUGCCCUUCAAUGGGAAGAGGCUUUGGAUUUUAUUUUUGUUAUGCAAAAAACAACUAAAGACAUUGACUAUGUCACUGUUGGGUUGCUUCUAAAUGUUUGUGCUGGCCUUUUGGAUGUUGAGAUGGGGAAACAGGUUCACGGUUUUAUCUACCGACGUGGAUUCUCAGCUAAUAUAUUUGUCAGCAAUGCUCUUCUUGACAUGUAUUUCAAAUGUAGGAACAUGAGAAGUGCCAGAGUUUGGUUUUACCAAAUGAGUCAAUGGCGUGAUAGGGUUUCCUGGAAUGCAUUGUUGACUAGCUUUGCUAGGCAUGGUCAGAGUGAACAUGUAAUGCCAUUUUUCUCAGAAAUGCAAUGGGAGGCAAAACCCAGUAAAUUUACAUUUGGCGCCCUUCUGGCAGCAUGUGCAGACAUCUUAGCCCUUGAACAGGGCAAACAAACUCAUGGUUUCAUGAUUCGAAAUGGUUAUGAGAUAAAUGUUGUGGUCAGAGGUGCUUUGGUUGACAUGUAUUCUAAAUGUCGUUGUCUUGAGUAUGCACUCAGGGUAUUUAAAGAGGGACCUUCUACCGAUGUGAUUCUUUGGAACUCUAUAUUUUUUGGAUGUUGUUACAAUGGAAGGGGCAGAGAUGUAAUUGAAUUGUUUAAUUUGAUGGAGAAGGAAGGAAUCAAGCCGGACCACAUUACCUUUCAGGGAAUUUUGCUAGCUUGUAUAUAUGAAGCUGUUAGGUUGGGUUCAGAGUAUUUUGAUUCAAUGAGCAAUAAAUAUUGUAUCAUACCUCGAGUGGAGCACUAUGAGAGCAUGAUUGAACUCUAUGGACGGCAUGGAUGCAUGAAGGAACUUGAGGAUUUUUUGAAGAAGAUGCCAUUCGAUCCCACUGUUUCAAUGUUGAAAAAAGUCGAUGAUGUGUGCAGAAAACAUGGAUACCUGAAGUUGGGAGAAUGGGCUGCCAAACGACUUGAAUUGAAUCCUUUUGCAACUUAAUCUAAGUUCCACAUUCCCCAAGUUAGAACUCCCUGCAGCAGGCAAGAGUGGUGAGGGACAUUAAGCUUCGUAGCUAAACCUCUUUAUACAGAAGUACCUCACAUUCCCCUGACAUCGCUCUUGGAAUGAAAAUCGACAGUAAGGAGGUAACAUGAUCGUCACCAACUACAACAGGAUGAAUUGACAUUAUAUCAGUGCACGGGAGAAUGUCCAAACAUGUCUAAGCAUUAUUAGGAUCCAUUCUUUUAGGAUCUUGGGAGUGAAAGCCAUUUUUUCAGUUGUAUAGGACAUAUCAUACGGAAGUCGAGUUCUAUGCAAAAUGUUCAUAUGAGGAUUCACUACAGAUCUACCGGAGCUAUUGGACAUACCAAAAGUGGUAGAAGAAUAAUCUAGUAAAGUAAAAGUGAGUGGUAUUAAAACUUCAAGGGGUUGGCUUGACGGUCAAGGAAGUUUGCUUAAUUCUUUAAAUUCUUAAGUUCAAACCUUCGGUCAUUUACCAUAAUAACAUUGUGGUUUAUUUGGUUCUUUGGAUUUGUAGGGUGUUUAAUGGACUCCGAAGAUUAGUUGAGAUGCGAUUACCAAAAAAAAAAAAAAAAAAAAGUGAGUGGUAUUUGCAGAAAAGACUAUAGUUAUUUGAUCAUAUAGCUGUUUUUUAUAUAAGGGACAAUAAGCAUACAAAUGUUGUUGAAUUAUAAGUCCUUUGCUCAA